CUUCCAUUUCUUCAUCCUUCAUUUCUUUUAUCCAAAAAAUCAUCUCAUUUACAAAAAAACCCAACAAAAACAAUUCUGAAGCAAAGCUUAGGGCAGGCCACGAUUAUCAUCUUCCUAGUAAUUUCCUUCGGUUGUUAGAGCUCAAUCGCGGAGGUCCGCUAUUAAUGACCGCCCGAAAGCUUUGUUCACGACCCAAGCAACAGCAACAUAGUGAAGAGACUCCAGCAACGAAGGUAGCAGCAGAACAAAGUGGGUCCUCCACUUUCUCCGGCGACGCCCGCUGUCUGACUACGCCGACGACUGAGGGCAUCUACGGCUACCUGGAGGCUUCAUCGGUUACAGUAUAACAAAAUUCGUCAUCCGUCGUUUGUGCACCAUCAACGAUGUCGAAUGCAUCUGAAUCUACUCCCAACUAAGGACGAAGUUGUACCCUAGACUACGAGACGCCUGUGUACUGCCAUUGUGGAUUGAAAUUCUCUCCGUGUGUUAGACGGGAAAGCGGAAGAAGUUUUUAUGGGUGUCAAAAUUGGGUGAUGGUUGUGUUUUUCAUGUGAAAGGAUUCGGCAGAAACAAAAGGCCCAAUUGUUGAUACAUUGGUGAAGACGAAUAGAGAUGAUGAUGUCAAGGCCUUGAUUUGUGGACUCGCCGAACACAUAUGUGCUGUAGAGGGAUAACUUUGUUGUGUUCGAAAGAUUGUUGAAAAAGAAGCACAAGAUAACAAAAGAUUUAGACAGAUGUGUGAUUUAUUUUUCAUUGUAGUAGUUCCUUUUCUCUGUACUAUGUAUACGCAUGUUGAUAAGUCCGUAUUUAGACACACAUUUGAUGCGUGUUGGGAUCGGUUUUUGAUGGUUUUCCUAGCUUUAAAGUGUUACAAGUCUCAAUUUUAGCUCAAGUUAUGUUUACCGGGCGUUGGUUCGAGUUUUGUGUUGUUUGGAGUCAAAAUCAGGAAUUUAGAGUCCGGCACCGACGCUUGAGAAGCAAUCGGGAAGAGUUGGAGAACAUUCGAGAGAGAUUUGAGAGUUUUGGAGGCCACCGGGAGGUUCACGGCGAAGAUUUGAUGAAGAAACGGCCUUUGGAUUGAUUAAAGAAGUAUCCGGGAACAAACCGUGAAGAAAAUGGCAAGAAAACGGUCCAAGAGCAUUCCGCGCGCCCCGCGGGCGAUUCUGAGAGCAAAAAGUUGAGGGGUCUGAACCACACACCACGCGGUCCAGAAAUAGCCCUCAGAAGUACCCGCGCGGUUGCAUAGUGCGGCGCCCACACACCGCGCGGGCGGAGCGAAAAUCGGAAGACGGAAAAACGCGCGUGUGACCUCCACGGCGUGCGGACGACCGCGCGGCUUGAUUUUCGGCCAGAUUUUGAGUUUUUCUUUAAGUAGGCCCCUGUUUUGCCUGUUUUUGACUUAUGAGCUUAGAGAGAUGAACCCUAUUUCGACUUUUGAGAGCUUUUCAAGCCUUGUUCUUCAAGAUUAAGGGAUUCUUUGUAAGUUCUAUCUUUUUAAUUAAUGACAAUUAUUUCUAUUCAUCUCAA